AUGUGCUCUCAUCGACAGGAAUUAUCUAUGAGAUCAUGGAAGUACAAACUCAAAAAACUCGAUGUUUCUUUAAGACAUGAAUCUCUGAAUUUCAAGCUAACAGAAGAAAGUAACAGCUCUCAAAUUGUUUUUAGGGAUAUCGAGCGGAAGCCCCAUUUAGAGCCUGUAACCAAGAUGUCUCAAUUGUGUGACAGAUUGGAGAAAAACAAACACUCGGCAGUAUAUAUUCGAGGUUUCUCCCGGGAAACAAUGUUUGAUUUAUACAAUCUUGUCAUGUCACUCUAUGCACCUGCCACUAUCAGAUGGGUACUUGACGUCAAUGUGCUAUCACGAGAGACUCUUCUGAAAUAUUUGGAUAUGGCUUUGGCUAUAAACUGUUCUGAGAUAAGUAUCGAAAGUGGUCAAUUGAGUAUUGAGCGGUUAACAGAACUGAUGGACAGAAUACCGGUAACAAAAGGACUAAAAGUUACCUCAUGGAUUCCAUCAAAUUUCAAACAUCCAAAUGCAUUUAAAUAUCGGGCUUUUUGGUAUAAAAUGGCAGAAUGGGUUACCCUGGAUCACCUCAAGUCUAUUAGAAAUGUCGAUUCAGUUGCAUUAGAAUGGGCAAGAUUUGAGUGUAAGGAUAUGAAUGAGUUUCUCAGAUAUUGGGUUGAUUGUGACGAGGAAAUGAUGAAACGAUUGAAGUUAAAUAUGCGUAGAGAUGAAGUUAUCGAUAAGAAUAUCCUCUUUGAUCAACUUUUGGUUUUGAAAGCUAAGAAGGGAAAAUCACAGAUUUACUACAUAAAAAAGAGAAAUCAUAAAACUGGAAGGCUUGUGUUAGGUCGUUUGGAAUUCGUUUACGAAAGGUGGAUGCAGUUUUUCACAUAUGAUUCUGAUUACUGUCCUCGUUUUCUAGCUAUUCUGGAAGAGAUGGAGAAAAAUGCAGAAUUGAAAAAUUAA